AACUUUGAGAGAAAGGGGAGUGACCUGAAAGAUGACGUCUUUCCCUCACGUCAGCUUUUAAGUGAAAGCGAAACUUGAAUGCAUGAGGUCGACUACUACAAGUUUCAUCAUCAGUAAAGUGAAAUAAUGUCCAAGGUCACUUUCUGUGGUUGGGAAGUUGAGUAUGAUGGUGACCACUAUCUGGGAGCUGGUAAAGAGGCUAAAUCGGGCAGACUUUACACAAUGUACCAUGGCACCAGUGUCCAAGUUGCCCGUCAGAUAAUUCAGAAUGGCUUCAAGCAGUCUGCAGAUGGAAUGCUGGGUCCUGGUGUUUACGUGAGCCGUGACCAGAAGAAAGCACAGCGCUACCCUUUGAAUAACCAUGUCUCUGACAAGGUGGUGCUGAAGUUGCAAGUUGAUAUUGGGAAGGUGAAACGCAUCGACAAAGACCAUCACCCCAUGCAAAAAACCUGGCACAGUCAGGGCUACGACACUGCAUGGGUGCCCCCGAAUUGUGGAAUGAAAGCUGUUCCAAGUGGCCUUGAGGAGGAUUGCAUUUGGGACCCAAACAGGGUUAAGGUGUCUGAUAUUGCUGUUGCACCCAAUACCACUAUUUUAGCUGACCUUCGCCAGUUGAUAUCUCAGAGAAGUAAUCAAUCUACUAAUCAGCCCUCUGGCCAAGGAGCCUGUAUCUUAUGCAAGAGAACAAAUGAUCCUGCUCAUGCCGUGCAAUCAUGUUGGGGAUGUGGACAGAAGAUCUGUAUCCUCAUGGCCAAACAUGUCUGCCUGGUCAAGCCAUAAUAGACUCUGAAGUUAUUUUCCCAUAAGAAAAAAAUUCACAACAUACCAGAUCUCCUUAUAUGGGGAUGGAAGCUUGUUUUGUAUGCAAACUUCAGAGGAUGUGAAAAUCCCAUUUGCUGCUGGAGAUGUGAUUUAACUGACAGUCAAUCAAUGUUGUAUUAAUGUUUGUAAAAAUGCAUUGUCAUUUUGCAAAAUGCAUGUCAUUUUUCUGUCUGGGCGUGGGGACAUCUUGUAUAGUAAGCCAUAUCUCUGAAAAUGUCAGACUGUUCUGAUUUUAUGACUUCUUUGACUCAUGUGUAUAAUGAGAGAGAGCUCAAAUGAAAAGUUUUACAAUUUA